AUGUGUUUUCGUGCUCGGACUCAGUCAUUUGCACUACUCAUCCUUUUCGAAUGGCUUAACAUUCCAACAAAGAGUAAUACCGAUAUUGUUAAAAUCAUUACCCCAAUUGAGCUGAUUAAGAAAGGAGAUAAAGUGGGUUCCUUUGAGACUGCCUUCUUGGCCAAACUUGGGAUAAGGCCCUUCUCAUACGGGCUUGUGGUUCUCUUUAUCUAUGACAAUGGAUCUGUCUUCAGCCCAGAGGUGCUCAACCUCACUGAGGAUGACCUCGUUGACAAGUUCGCAGCUGGUGUUUCUAUGUUGGAAUCUGAGUUGAAGCAGUGGCAUGACUCCAGAGCAUCCAUUGGAUGUGAUCUUCAGUCACGGGAGAGCUCUGUUACGAAGAUGAAGGCUAAUCUCUUGAGGAAGGACAAGGCUAAGGCUGAAUUACUUAGCUCUUUAGCUUCGGCCGACGAGGAGAUAGCUAAACUCAAGAAGGCCUUGAAGUACGCUAAAGAAUCUCGUGCUAUUCUUGAGGACGACUUAGCUAAUGCUAAAGACUCUCGAAGACAAACAUUAGAGAAGCUAGAGCCUGCAGAAGAGAAGUUGGCUAAGUUGAGGAGCGCAGCCGCGAAGACACUAGAUACAUCUAAAGAUUCCAUUCGGGCUGAGUUGUAG